AUGGUUGAAAACAGCUCUUCAGAUCCGCCUCCUACCACCAUUUACCCUGGUGGACUGGGCCUCUUCGGACAGCUUGUUAUUGGGCCUCCAGGGAGUGGAAAGACCACAUAUUGCAAUGCUAUGGCAGAAUUUCUAACCAAUCUGGGUCGCAAAGUUGAAGUGAUCAAUUUGGAUCCUGCAAACGAUUCACUACCGUACACGUGCUCAAUCAAUUUGAGUGAUCUGAUUCGGUUGGAUGAAGUGAUGGAUUAUCUGGGAUUGGGACCCAACGGUGGGCUGAUCUAUUGCAUGGACUAUCUGUACAUCAAUCGGGAUUGGUUGACCACGAGAUUGGCUCGUUUGAGACAAGAAAAUCCGAAAUGCUACUUGAUUUUUGAUUGUCCCGGGCAAGUAAGUGUAACGUUUUUUUCAAGCGGUUUGUGA